CUCAAUCAACAAGCGGCGGAACGUUUUCAUUAUUGCAAUUUUUGAAAUAAAAAAUACCUUAAUAUAAUUUCUAAAUUUUCAUUCUUAAAUCUAUGUAGAAAUGGAAAUCGACAGUAUUUAUCAUUUUCUUUGCUAAUUCAAUUCUAAAUGUCCUUUUUAGAUAUCUUGUGGUAGUGACAGAUGCUAUAGUGAUAAUACGCGCCAGUUCAGCAUAUUCCGUCGAAUAUACUUGGAUUCACAGAGAAAUCAAUCUAAAAACUCAGUGCAAUGGCCUUAUCCCCUAAUAAAGAAGUUCUAGAUGAGCAAGUGAAUCAAGUUACUGCAGAGGCUGAUACAUCGCUAAGUCUGUUCCCCGAGAGCCCAGUGUAUGAGCCGGAUGAUGUUGUAGUCAUUAAUGAUAGUGCUGAGAUUAAGGACCCAACUGUUUUUGAAUCCAAUAUUCAAGAUCCUACAAUUGCUCCACCAAAAAGAAAACACUCGGAUGAAAACACUGACAAUAGUGCAAAAAUACUAAAAUUAGAUCCAGAUGUUAUAGCACCCGAAACUGAAAAUAUUGCAACACCUUGGUGUGAUACCCAAUCCUUGGAUAAUGAAGUGAUGGAAAUAACUAGUGUAGCAAAAAGAAAUUUGGAAGAUGAAUUACCAUCCACUUCACGAGUCCGUACUCCUGUUCGAUCUAGCCCCAGAAAAAUUACUAAAAGAAGUAACAGUGCCGAGGAUACCACUUCUAAAACUCCCAAAACACCAAAGUCACGUUCCGCGAGUGUUGAUUUAAUCAAUCACCUUAAAAUUACGAAAAAACAAACAUACUUUAAAAAAAUGGAAGUUACGACAGGAAGUCCAAGACCCAGUGUUGAGUUUGUCAAGGAAAUACCACCUCCAGGGAUUCCAGAGACGAUUCCUGAAGAAAAUAACCCAGAUGAAAUGAAUGAUUCGCAAAACGUGCGUCUGAUUCUAACGCCGUCACCCGAAAAUGUUGAAGAUGAAAAACUUGUUAAUUAUAAUAGUGAACCAACUUCUGUUAAGAACAGAGAUGAAGUCCUUGCUCCUGGCGAAAUUAAAAAGGCAAAAAGUGAAGGCUACGAUUGUUCAGACACUUUAUCUAAUGCAAUUAGUAAGGAAUACAAUAAAGGCAAAACAACUGACCAAGAAAGCACAGACAGCUUGAGUUCGAUAGGGCUAGAUAGUCCUGAGCAGCAUCCGCCAAAAUCAAAACUGAUUUCAAAACUAUCUAAUGGGAAUUCCUCAACUCCAAGUGAUAAUGUUGCAAUUAAAAAUAUAUCUUGCGAUAACAUCACACCUGAUAGUUCUAAACUUAAUGGAAACAAGGGAACACGCGGGAAAAUCGAGUCCUUCCGAGCUAGCAAUACGACGACACCAUCAACUAUAUCGCCAUUACAAAAUGGCCAUUCCAUACCCAUUAGUACACCUCAUAUACCAGUCUUCGAUAUCCAUGUGUCGCAUAAUGAAGAUUGCGAAUUUUUAUCCUUGUAUGUCGUCAGAACUGACAAUGAUAUAGGAAUGGACAUGUGCAAAGAGUAUCAACGGAUAUCGAAACGGUUCUCGAUCGACCCUUACUUAGGCGAUAUAUCAACCAGUACCUCACCGUCUAGUGUAACUAGUGGGGGAGUAAUCAACCUGCCGAAUAGAUCAUCGUUCGUUUCUACUGUUAGUUCAACAUCUGCAUCAAGCAAUCGAACCAGCGACGGGGCGUUUGUUGUUCCCCAACCACCCAGGAAGUCUGUCUCCAACCCAUCCACAUCAGUGAAAGGAUAUGAUGGUUUGAUGAAAAAACUUCAAGAAAUCUUUUCCCAUAUUAGAGACGCAAACGAUGAUAGUAAUCGCUCAAUGCACGAUGAUAAAAUUUCCAUAGGAAUACAAACGUCAGAUCCUUUAAGCAACGGGAGUGCCAGCCCUGAAGAAAUAGGGAAAUUGGAUAAAGCAACGCCGAAGAGCUCAUUAAAGAAAUCAAGAGUGCGAGGUCGAAGACCAAUCGUAGGGAAAGCUAAACGGGCUUUAUUGCCCACACAGCACGAAGAAGCUGAAUUUGCCGAAAUAAAUUCGCCAGAGCCACCAACCAACGGCGAUGGAAAGAUGUCGCCAAAAUCACCUAGGGACUCCAAAGACGAGAAACCACUGGCUAGUCUGGUUGGAACACCUAAGUCUGUUACAAAACUGAAGAAGCAACGCAGGCCUACCUCACCGAGACCGGUUACGCCUGUGGAAAAAGUUGUAGCAAAGCCGGAAUACCCAGGAUUUGCCCCUGACACAGUUGUCUUAGCCAAAUGGGUGGAUAAACGCUACUAUUCCGGGAAGGUUCUGGAAAUAACGGAACCGAAUAAGUAUCUUAUUAAAUUCGACGACGGUCAGAGCAAAGUACUUUUGGAUGACUUCAUAAUAUUUGGUGACAUGAAGAAGUUGCCAUUGCAGGGACAGUCGGUGUAUGCGUUAGUUGAUGAAGAGCAAAAUUAUGAGCCGGGAUUGGUACUCGAUGUUGAAGAAAACAGCAGUGGGACUGUUACAUACAGAUGUACUACGGAUGGCGACACUAUAGUGAUAGUAACGGCAAGUGAGCUCUACCUAACGGAGGACCAAGCUAAGUCUCUCAAGGAGUCAGGUCGGCCCCGCUCUCCAUUCAGCCCUUCUACUCCAAGACGACGGCACAACCGGGAAUUGGAUUUGGACAAUAUUAUACAGGGUCCUCGAAGCGCACGCAGUCGAGACAAAGCCGCUAACUCCAGUGCAAGGAAACGCAUCUCAUCACCCAAGAGCCCUAAAGCAUCUACUUCCGGCGUGAAACCAAAAAGCGCGCCAACACCCGGUCGAAAGCGUGUCGCGAGUGAGAGCAGUGAGAUGAGUGAAAGCAGCAACUCGGCGCCACCCGUGAGGUUGGAAGAAGUGGCUGGUGUUGAACCUGAAGUACAGAAAACGCCGAGAAAAAUUGAUGGAGUCAAAGCUGGGCCCUUACAACUGAAAGGUGCGGCGAAGCAAAAUAUAGGCAAGAAGAAUUCCAAGUUAACCAAGUUUGAGAACGACGAAGACACUGUGUCCAUGCUAGGGCCAAUACCCACUGCGGGGAGCACUAUUUUUGCGGGACUUCACUUUUUACUCACUUGCACUGAUCAACCUCGACCUGUACGAGGGAAAAUUUCUGAAAAUGAAACUGAAAGGAACCAAGAAACGCGUCACUAUUCAUCAGAGGAAGAUGGAGAGACGUCAUCUUCUAUGGUUGGUACUGACAGUGAGGACUUAGUCUUCUGUAACCGGCCUUUCAAUAAGGAGCGAUUGAGAGAGCAGUUGGAAGCCGGCGGUGGAACUGUCUAUAGUGACUUCGAAGACGUGCCCAAGAACAAAUAUUCCGUGUGCAAACUUAUCGCACCCCGGCCUUGUCUAACAAUGAAGUACAUACUUUGCCUUGCCGCGGACAUUCGCGCUGUCUCCCACGGGUGGGUGAUAAUGAGCUGCAGUUCUGGGCGUUUGUUGGACAUAGAUGCCUACGCCCUUCCGACAGGCCUUGCGCUAAAUACGAACGCUUUUAUCAAUUGGGUCCCAUCAUCUGGUAAACGGAACCCGACAUUCUUCAAGGACAAAGUGAUCCUGAUAUGUGGGGAACAGGACACAUUUGUCAAGUUUUGGGACCGCGUUUGUAGCCUCGCCGGGGCAUCUACCAGAGUUGUGAACGAAGAAGACUUGAACAUGUCUGGAGCAUAUGCUUUGGUCACCGACUGGGAUUGCCCACAUGAGGUCCAAAACAAGGCAAAUCAAGAUAACAUCCCCCUGGUUUCCACGACGUGGGUGAAGCAGUGCCUGAUAGAAGGCAAAGUUCUGCCCCCAACCAGCCACGAUCGGUUCUCAUUCAUGUAUACUGAGCCCGAAUGAUCCUGGGACUUUAAAAAGGUGCUCAUUAUACGUGAAUUUUGACACUUGUGAGUGCUAGUGAUAUUGACACAGUGACAGUGAUAGUGACAUCUAGUGGUUAAAAAGUGCAAGCGAAGAUAGUGACUUUGGUCUUUACAUCGGUUUUGAUGAAAUGGUUUAGUUAACUAUGUGUAUGCAGAGCGGUAUUUUUAACACCACCUGGAGGUAAAGUAUGUAUUGAAUCAAACUUUACUCCAUUUUUUUUAAUUACAUAGACAUGCCAAAAAAUAACUAACUGUAUGACAUGAAUCGCUUUCAAGAGAAUUCUUCAACAAAAAGAAAUUUAAUAUCCUUUAAGCAACAAAAUAAGUAACAAUUAAAUUUUUUCAAAUAAUUAGUUAUUAAUACAUUGUAACAUUUGUGUUAAAUGUACUUCCCGUCCAUAUGGUGUUGAAGUUCAACUUUGUUUUAUUAAUCCUAUGGAAUUGUGGGUAGUUUUAUAAGAUAUGCUUUGGUAGAUUAUAACUGAAUUGAGUUUGACAAAAUAUUUUACUCUAGAAGACACGAUACACAGAAAUAGUUAAUUCCGGUGUCCCAAAGUGGGUAAUGGGACUAGUAUAGAUCUCAUAUUUUUGAAAAUUUAAAUUACAUUCCGCUGGUCUACUCAAAUGUAAAUAUACCAUGAAUAUUCGAAAUUCAAAAAAAUUUAAAAUUUGGUGUAAAAUAAUGUAAAUUGUCACUUGUAAACUUAUUCAAUUAUGAUAUAAAAACUUAAUAUAAGGUGUUGAGAUUGUGUAAGUAGUGUGAAAAUAAUUAUGGAACUAAACUAACAUUAGUUUGAUGCUUAUUCUAAGAGGAUUAUUUUUUCUGGGGUUUACAUCAGAGGAAUAUCAUAAGUUCUUUAUAAUAUAUAUUGUAUUGCACCUUGACGAGAAGGAAUACAUAACGCUUAAUCACUUAUUUAAUAAAACAGUUCUGUAGGGCCGUUCAAUAUAACUUUAAGUCUCUGAUACAUUUUGAUACUUUCGACUAUUUGUCUAUACGAAUAGCGCAUAAGAUAUCAUUGGUAGGACUACCGUUUUCCAUACUUGUGAUGGUGGGGGCCUUUAAUAGUUCCAAAUUUGGCCACAGCACUGCUCAUGGUCUCCAUACAAAAAUUUACUAUUCAAAUCCUUGUGUUGUGCAAACAUUCUUAUUUAUAUACAGGAAUGUUAUAACGCGUGUCACGUGACAUUCGAUUGGCGAUAUAGGGUCUAGGUAUUUAUUGCAUACAAAGUUAAUCAUUGGUGGUGAUUAUUGCUUUGUUAAGGUGUAUUACAAUAUUUGAAAUAUCUGCUAUAACUCUUGUAUUGCUGUAUGUUUCACACUUAUUGUUUUUCUCAUUAAGUUUUAUAUUUAAGGGUGUUAAUACAAAAACAAACUCGUGAUACAUGGGCGCAUGUUUCAAUUUGUUCUGAUCUGAUCGAUUUGAAACCUGUAAUAAUUUCAAUUAUCAUUGAAUUAACUAACCUUAAUAAGAAUUGGUAAAACCAGUCUCAAGUUUUAGAUUACAGAAAGUAUCUUUUAAUUAAUAUAAAAUUAAUCCAGGUUAAUUAAGAAUGACAGAUACAAAAAUACCAUUGAAUAUAUUUUAUUGCAUUUAUUAUUAAUACUUUUAUGUGAAAUCAAGGUUUAUUGUGUGCUUUUUAAUUAGGCUAAUUUAAAUUAUUAAGUUUUAGCAACUAUUAUUGGUACAAUUUAACUUGUAUUUAUAAUGUGCACAUGAGGCGCCUCAAGUGUACAUUGACUAUCUUGUAAAGAUAUUUGUAAGACAUUUUGUGAUUUAAUUAGUAUUGCCUUUUCUAUAAUUUAUUGUUUUUGCCGUCAUGAAAAACUUUUACACGUCGAAUUAAACUCUGAUUUGAAAUAAAAAUACUUUUUUCUAAUACAGUGUAAACUCUAUUAUAUAAGCUGAAAGUACUAUUAUUUAUUUAAUAUAGGAACAUAUAGACAUUACAUAUUAAUAACCUAACGAUAGUCUAGUACUUGUAAAGUAAUUACAACAAACAUAGUAACUAUUUAACAGAUGCCAACAGUCAAGUUGUAAUAAUAAA